UCCACAGUGCCUCAGAAAGAAGUGGAGUUUAGAAAUGUCGUUCUUCAGACUUAAAAAGAAAACCUUUCCUUGAAUCAACUGAAUACUAAUAAUAUGAACUUCCUGUUCUUGACUUACAUCCAGGGGUCCUUAAGCCAUUGUCUUCAUUGACUCAUCUUCAGGCAAACUCUAAUCCUUGGGAAUGUAACUGCAACCUUUUGGGCCUUCGAGACUGGCUGGAGUCUUCAGCCUUUGCUCUAAACAUCUUUUGUCAGAAUCCCCCAUCCAUGCGUGGCAGAGUAUUGUAUUACGUUAAAUGGACUGACAUUACAAACUGCAUUACAUCUUCAACAGAGGUAUCCGGAGCUGGGUCUGUACACUUUCGUCACAUUCAUCACAAGACAACUGCGUUAAUGAUGGCCUGGCAUAAAGUAACCACAAGUGGGAAACAUUUGGAAAAUACUGAGACUGAGAGAGUUACUUUCUGGGAACAAAUUCGUACUUCACCUGCCAGUAGAUCUUUUCCAGAGAAUACCUUUGGUGGUCCACUAGAGACUACUGCAGUGUUACCUGUGCAAAUACAACUUACUUCUUCUGUUAACUUGAACUUGGAAAAAAACAGUGCUCUACCAAUUGAUGCUGCUUCCAUGUCGGGAAAAACAUCUCUCAUUUGUACACAAGAAGUUGAAAAGUUGAAUGAGGCUUUUGACAUUUUGCUAGCUUUUUUCAUUUUAGCUUGUGUUUUAAUCAUUUUUCUCAUCUACAAAGUUGUUCAGUUUAAGCAGAAAUUAACAGCACCAGAAAACUCAGGGGAAAAUAGACUUGAAUACUACAGCUUUUAUCAGUCAGCAAAGUAUAAUGUAACUGCCUCAAUCUGUAACACUUCCCCAAAUCCUCUACAAAGCCCUGGGUUGGAGCAGGUUCAACUUCAUAAGCAAAUUGUUCCUGAAAGUGAGGCGCAGGUCAUUCUCUUUGAACAUUCUGCUUUAUAACCCAGCUACGUAGUGACUAUAAGAAAACAUCAGCACCAUGGAUGUAAAUAAAACUGAAGCUUCCUUAUAGAAUUAUA